CUCAUCUCGAUCUCCUCACUCGAGCCAUUCACGCACACGCAUCUUAUCACUCCCAACCACUCGCUCAGGAACCAGGCGUAAUGACGUCCAGCUAGUCUAUUCUUGGCCGUGCUUGAUGCAAACAAGCUUUUUCUUGGCUAGGCCGGGUGACGUGGGGUAGGGCUAGCUCGCUACUUAUAAGGUGGGCUGAUGGGAAUUGAGAAAUCCCCUCUCUCUUUUUUCUCCUUCCUAAAAUUCAUCUUUCGAUCAAUCUAUCUAUCACAAAAAGAAAAAUUACAAUCGUUUCAAUAAACAAUCAAUCAUGUCUCCAAACGCAGAAAUCAACCAACAGCCACAGGCUCAGCAGAUGGAGAUGACUACCGAGCAAAAUGGUAUCAUUGCUCAACAGCCGACCCAGACUCAAACCAUGACUGCGGAUCCCGAGGUUAGCAUGCGUGGAGGUGGUGCCGUCGGCGACUGCCUUGCUGGUAUUUGCGCCUUCGAGUGCUGCAAGGAUUGCUGCGAGUGCUGCUGCUAGACAGGAACUCCAAACUCGGACAAGGCUCAGGAUACAAUCUGGGACAAUGGGACAUUGAGCUUUUCUUGGCGUAGGGUGGUUGCUAGUCUAUGCUUCAAUGGAUAAUACCUCGGGAUAUAAUACAUCUUGCCUCUCUGCGCGCUCGUGUUUGCGUCUGUAUCUUCUGUUGCAUCUGUACCCUAUCGAAAACAAUCAAUACAAAACCCUCCG